AGUAGCUGAAUCAUAUGUCAUUAAGAUACAUAUAGAGAGAGACAAGCCAGCAAGAACAUUUAGUUCACACACACACACCUUCAAAGAAUCAUCUAGUAACAAAAAAAGAGUGAUAAGAAAAAUGACCAGAAUGAGCAAUACAGUGUUAGGGUUCUUAAACAUCCUAACACUAAUUUCCUCCAUAGUUCUAUUAGGAUCAGCUCUAUGGAUGGGUAGGAGCAAGACAACAUGCGAGCAUUUUCUUCAGAAGCCACUUUUGAUCUUAGGCCUAGCUAUCUUGGUCUUAUCAAUAGCUGGUCUAGUCGGUGCAUGUUGUGACGUGGCUUGGGUCUUGUGGGUGUACCUCUUCUUCAUGGUCUUCAUCAUAGUCGCGCUCAUGGGUUUGACCCUGUUUGGAUUCAUAGUGACUAGCCAUGGUGGUGGUGUGGGUGUGGAUGGUAGGAUUUAUAAAGAGUUUAAGCUUGAAUCAUAUCACCCUUGGCUUAAGACAAGAGUGAUAGAUACUAAUUAUUGGGUUACUAUAAAGACUUGUCUCUUAGGCUCAGUCACUUGUACCAAGCUCGCUCUUUGGACUCCUCUUGAUUAUCUCCAAAAGGACUUAUCUCCUCUUCAGUCUGGAUGCUGCAAACCACCGACGUCGUGCGUUUACAACACGGACACGCCGAUACAACAAGACCCUGAUUGUUACCGGUGGAACAACGCUGCGACGGUGCUCUGUUAUGACUGUGACUCGUGCAGAGCUGGCGUGUUAGAGACCGUACGACGAGAUUGGCACAAACUCUCACUAGUGAACGUCAUUGUUGUUGUUUUUCUCAUCGCUGUUUACUGCAUUGGCUGCUGCGCGUUCAAAAACGCCAGGCGCCCUCAACAUUACGGCUUCCCUUACGGACGUUACGGCAUGUCCAAAUCUCGACCCGGAUGGGAACAGUCUUGGUCGAGAUGGUGGCAUGGAAGAGACAGGCAACAAAACAUCACGGGAACGUACACGAAUUUGCGUUAGGCGGAAUGAAAAUGGUGGACAUAAAAUUAACUUUGUCACAUGCUUCGCCAUACAUCCUGCCCAUCCCUUGUGGGAGUUCCUUUUUUAUUACAUUUCAAACCCUAUAACAUAUACUAUGAACACUGAACACGCAAGAAAUUUGUGCAAUAUGUUUGCAGGAACAACAAACAAAUUUAUUAUAAUGUAGUAACUAAUAUAACUGAAAUAAGUUUAUGACACACUAA